GUGUCGUUUAGACGUUUUGGGUUUAUCAGUGAGGGAUUCGUCUGCCCGUUGAUUCGGAACAAGGGGUAACUCUCGAUCUUUCUCUCUCAAAUGGGCCUUCACAUCCUCAAAACGACACCCUUUUCUUCUUCCUCCUGCAAAGCUCUGCUCUUCACCACCGCCACGGCUGGCAAACCUGCCACUUUCUCUAGGUGUCUCAAUUCCUACUGGAGAACUGCUUCUAAUCCUGUUCUUCCUUGUAAUUGCCGCUUGAGAUUUUCAUCUUCUUCGCCAAGGGCCGUUUCUUGUUCCAUUUCUUCAUCUGGGUCUGGGAGGUUCCUUCACCAGAGCAAGCGUAGCUUUCGUGGGAGUGCUGUCGUGGCCAUGGCUGCUUCUGGGUCGGUCCAGAAAUCCGAGGAAGAGUGGCGUGCUAUUCUCAGCCCUGAGCAGUUUCGAAUUUUGAGACAAAAGGGCACUGAGUAUCCUGGCACUGGAGAAUAUGACAAGUUCUUUGAAGAGGGUGUCUACAACUGUGCAGGAUGUGGGACUCCACUCUAUAAAUCUACUACAAAAUUCAAUUCCGGUUGUGGUUGGCCAGCUUUCUAUGAGGGUCUCCCUGGAGCCAUCAAUUGCAAUCCCGACCCAGAUGGGAUGAGGAUCGAAAUUACUUGUGCAGCUUGUGGUGGGCAUUUGGGCCAUGUAUUUAAAGGUGAAGGGUUUCCAACACCCACGAAUGAACGCCAUUGUGUCAAUAGCAUAUCACUCAAGUUUGUUCCUGCAAAUUCUUAGGAGCAAAUCCUGUUAUAGCAGUUAUCUUAGUACUAUUCAUUAUGUAUAGAACAUGGCGAUAACGCGACGUCAUGCUAAUAAGAACUGAUGUAACAACUUCUGUAUCAAAUUCUACUUGUGGUUCUAUUGUAUUUGAAAACUUCAUGCUUUCUUGCAA